GCCGAUCAGUACUGGUUUUCAUCUGACCUGUGGUACAUCUCGGUUGAAUGCGAACUCGACAGGAAAGGCCGACGUAAACGACAAGUGGAAUUAUUACAUUCCCUAACGGAGUACGAGCCUUCUAUCUGAAGGACGUUAAUUGACAAGAAUCACUGGAGCGAAACAGGGAAAUCCCCGCUCGAUCUGAUCCGUAAGGGAGAGAGAAAGAGUGAAAGAAAAGAAUCAUUAUAAAACAUUAUUGAUUCGUGAAGAAUUAUAUGCUCGUAUCACAAAUAAACAUGAUGUCCGUCAGCUUAUUCGUCUUUUUCCUCGCUGUAAUAACAAUUGAUGCACAGAAUGAGUGUUCAAAUGGUGAUGCUAAUUGCGUUAACAUUCGCAAGUGUCCAGAAAUCGUAUCUAUCUUAACGAGUUCAAGACCGCUUUCGGCAGAAACACUGCAGACGCUUAGAAAUUUGCAAUGUGGCUUCGAAGGCAACGAUCCGAAGGUUUGUUGCAGUCAGUCAUCAACAACGACAGAAGCUCCAGAUUCAGAAAAUCUUCCAAAUCCACCAGAUGUUUCGAACCACCCAAAUCUACGUCUAUUAGAUCAUACAUUGUGUGGACCCGUCACUCAGCGGCGAGUAGUUGGCGGCAACAAAACUGGAAUUUUCCAGUUUCCAUGGAUGGCAUUAAUCGCAUACGAUACUGGAAGACCAAACCCGGAAUUCCGUUGUGGCGCCACGGUCAUUUCCUCACGCUACGUCCUCACAGCCGCUCAUUGUGUAACUUUCCUUCCAGCAGGUCUACAACUGAUAGGAGUCAGAGUAGGGGAUCACGAUAUAAGCAAGGAACGAGACUGCGAUUUGAACAAUCAAGGGCAAGAAGUCGUGUGUGCCGAAAGAUAUCAGGAUUUCGGGGUGGAUAGCUUUCAGGCUCAUCCGGAAUACACGAGAACAAAACUGCAAAAUGACGUCGCGCUUAUCAGGUUGAAUAGUACAGUGGACUUCAGGCCUCUUAACGUCAAACCUAUUUGUUUGCCGUUUGGCUCUGCGACAGCAAUAAAUAAGAAAGUGGGUGUAGUGACCGGUUGGGGAGCGACGGAAUUAGGCCCACGUAGUCAGGAUCUCCUGCAAGCGAAGCUGCCACUAGUGGACUACAAUGAGUGUAAAGAAAUAUACAGGCGGACCACGGAGAUCUGGUACAAGCAGCUGUGUGCCGGCGGCCAAAUGAACGUGGACUCCUGUUUGGGCGACAGCGGUGGACCCCUGCAGGCAGCUAGUAUAUACAAUGGUAGAUCAGUACGUAUCGUCCAGUAUGGUGUCGUCAGCUACGGACUAAAACAGUGCGGCACCGAGGGAUUCCCCGGAGUCUAUACCAAUAUCGUCUAUUACAUGGACUGGAUUCUCAACACACUAGCAGAUUAAAACGAGACUGAAGCAUUGCGGAACGAAGUCUUUCAUAUUGAAUACUUUUAAUCUCCGUGCUCACAGGAUAUGGUGACGCAGACGCGGUAUUCCCCAUCGUGAUAAGAAUGAGAAAAUUAAUUUGGCGAAGCGCCCAAUAAUAUUGUAGACGAAUAAAAUGGAUUUCAAAUGGUUAGCAGAUCGAGUAAAAUUGUAACGUCUAAGAAGGAAUAUCUUUAAUGCUUGUGAAAAUAGGCGAUUUAGAUAAUUCGCAAAAUACCGUUCUUGUGUAUUUUUAAUUAAUAAAAAUAAUUAGUGUUGAUUUUUUAAAAACUUUCGUUAUCUUUUUAGUAGAAUAAAGUGUCUUACUGCCGAUAAAACUUUAUUCCAUUAGACGACGUCUUCUCGGCAACAAGUUAAAUUUUACGCUAUUUUAUUGCAUGUGAGAUAAGCGUGUUUUUCUUCUCAUCUUUGAUAAAAAGUAAAAAAAAAAAACAAAAAAAGGGAGAGAGAGAGAGAGAGAGAGAGAGAGAGAGAGAGAGAGUUUUUCACUCACUAAUGGAUAUAUGUACUAUAUCGAUGCGUGAUUAUGAUUUAUAAUGUUAACAUAUCA